AUGAGUUUGGAUUCGGGUUCUAAGUCGAAGAGGAGUUUCAAAUCGAUAUCCUCAAACCCAUCUCCUUCCAGUAAUAGCAGCAGUGAUGGUAGAGGUUCGAAUAAGAAGAAGACGACGGCUCAGAAGACCCUGGGCAUGGCUUGGGGCGCGAAUUCGCGUUCCUCCUCCCGCUCCGCCUUCCGCAAUUCACCGUUCUCCGAUUUUGGCAGUUACAUGGUUGUGAAGAACCAGAAACUCCAUGAACAAUUCAAUGCUGCUGCUUCAAGCUCUUCUCAUAGUGCACCCAGUUCUGAGAUAUCUAUAUUUAAUGAAGUUUCAAUCUUUGUUGAUGGAUAUACCGUUCCUUCAAGUCAGGAGCUUCGAGGAUACAUGUUGAAGUAUGGUGGAAGGUUUGAAAAUUACUUUUCAAGGAAAUGUGUCACUCACAUAAUAUGCAGUAAUCUCCCUGACAGUAAAAUCAAGAACUUGAGGUCAUUCAGUGGUGGCCUUCCAGUAGUUAAACCCUCGUGGGUGCUGGACUCUGUAGCUGCUAAUAAACUUCUUAAUUGGAUUCCUUAUCAGCUCGAUCAGCUAGUCGCUGAAAAUAAUAACCAGUCAAAAUUAUCUGCUUUUUUUACUCCAGAAACCAGUGGGGCAUCUGAGGCUGCAGGUCAGCUUGUUGACCUUGCAGCAGUGCAUGAAAAUGAGAAUCAGUCAUUGGCAGCUGGGCUAUCUGAAAAUUCUGCAUCUUUAGAGGCAGCAGACAGGUGCAAUCUAGGACUUAACUCUGAAGAGCCAGCUUGUAGUGUAGAAAGUUCCAUUGAAGUGAAAGGGGUUGAAUUGACUGGUCAUUUGCUUUUCCAUGAACAGAAUUCUGAUUUGAAGCUAAAAUCGAGCACAUCUCAGGCUUCUGUUUCACUUAACAGUAAUAACCUGGAUAAACACGAUGUCAGCGAUGCUUCAAGCUCGGGGACCAUUUUGCCGCGUAAUGAGAGGCAUUCGACUCUUGCAGAUCCCAAUUUUGUUGAAAAUUAUUUCAAGAGUUCUAGGCUGCACUUUAUAGGUACAUGGAGAAACCGAUAUCGUAAGCGUUUCAACAGCUUGUCCGAUUGCUUUAGGCAAAAAAGUUCCAGCCUUAGUACUGCAGCAGCGAACGAGAAGAAUGCCACAAUACACAUAGAUAUGGAUUGCUUUUUUGUUUCGGUGGUUACUAGGAACCACCCUGAGUUGCUGGAUAAACCUGUUGCUGUUUGCCAUUCGGAUAAUCCUCGUGGCACCGCCGAAAUUUCAUCUGCCAAUUACCCUGCUAGGGAUCAUGGAGUGAAGGCAGGAAUGUUUGUGAAAGAUGCUAAGGAUCGAUGCCCUCAGCUUGUCAUAGUUCCAUAUGACUUUGGAGCUUAUGAACUGGUGGCGGAUCAAUUUUAUGACAUUUUGCACAAACACUGCAACAAAGUUCAGGCUGUCAGCUGUGAUGAAGCUUUUUUAGAUGUGUCUGAAUCUGAAGUGGGAGAUCCUCAGCUUUUAGCCUCGGCAAUCAGAAAGGAGAUUUUUGAGACUACAGGAUGUACAGCAAGUGCUGGAAUAGCAGGAAACAUGCUUAUGGCGCGUCUUGCUACAAAAACUGCCAAACCAAAUGGACAGUGUUACAUUCCUUUUGAGGAGGUUGACAAUUAUUUACAAUCACUUCCAGUAAAGGCACUUCCAGGCAUUGGGCAUGUUUUAGAAGGAAAACUGAAGCAGAAACAGAUUAAAACCUGCGGCCAGUUGCGUCUAAUCAGCAAGGAGUCUCUUCAGAAGGAUUUUGGGAUGAAAACUGGAGAGAUGCUGUGGAAAUAUAGCAGAGGGGUUGACAAUAGACUUGUUGGAGUGAUUCAGGAAAGCAAGUCCGUUGGUGCUGAAGUUAACUGGGGUGUGAGGUUCAGGAAUCUAAAUGAUACUAAGCAUUUCCUUGAGAACUUAUGCAAGGAGGUUGCACUUCGGUUGCGGGGGUGUGGAGUGCAAGGGCGGGCUUUUACACUCAAGGUAAAGAAGAAAAAAAGUGAUGCAGGAGAGCCAAUAAAGUACAUGGGCUGCGGAAACUGUGAGAAUCUAAGUCAUUCAAUUACGAUCCCUAUGGCUACAGAUGAGGCUGAUGUGAUUAAGAGAUUGGCCAGUCAGCUGUUUGGUGAUAUUACAACAUUCACACUAGAUGUUAAAGAUGUUCGAGGUGUGGGGUUGCAGGUCUCCAAGCUUGAAAGCACUGAUGGCAGCAAACUAGUUCACAAAACAAAUUCCAUCCUUCCUUGGCUUGUCCCCACAUCAGGGGGGGUGAGAGACCAAAUUCCAAUUGGCGGUGUCUCCAACCUUAGCGAUGCUGGUCAGCCGAGCACAACAAGAUCCUAUGAUGGUAUGGGAUCUGGUUUGUCCAGUUCUGAAGCUGGUGGUUCCCUGAUAACUAGCCUCCCUCCUCUUGAAGAUCUUGAUAUAGUCGUUUUGGAGUCUCUCCCUCCUGAAGUGGUUUCAGAGAUGAAUGACAUGUAUGGUGGAGAAUUAUUAAGUUACAUUUUCAAAGCUAAGAACAGAUCUGUCAAAAGAAAACCCUGCUCUACAUCACAAAGUAGGGAAGGUGUACCAGUUGAGGAAACAGAAUAUCCUCCAGCAAAAACAAUUGAUGCUGAUAAGGAAAUGGAGCUUUGUGUGCAGGCACCCACAGUUCAUGUUACGAUGCCUUCAUUUUCUGUAGACAAUCUAUUGCCAUCAUCUCUAAGUCAAGUGGAUUGCUCAGUGUUGAAACAAUUACCCGAUGAGUUGAGAAAAGACAUCAUCGAGCAUCUUCCCCAGCACAGAGAACAAGAAUCUGCAGAAGGUUCUUCCAGUUAUGUGAUUGAUAAACAGACUGAAUGUGCAGCUUCUGAGUUAAGUGACCUUUGGAGCGGAAGUCCUCCAAAGUGGGUUGAGAUGUUUGAAAGGAGCAAAUGUACCACGUUGAAUAGCUUUGUAAUGAUUUAUCGGUCAGUAUCUGGUGGUGUUUUGUCUACUCUACUUCAACAUAUGAUGUCUGGAUUAGUUCAAACUGUAGAGGUGGCAAAUAGCGUAUCUGAUGAUACCAUGAGUUGGCUGUGUGAGCUUUUCAAGCAAUACGUGAAUCUGAAAAUUAGAACAGAUGUUGAGGAGAUCUAUCUUUGUAUAUGCCUUCUGAAAAGGUUAGCUGUGAAGUCCGAAUUAUUUUUACAAGUCGUCAAUGUCAUACUUCCUCACUUGCAGGCGUUAAUGGGGGAAAAAUAUGGUGGAACUCUUUGCAUUAUGCUUGGAGCUAGCUA